AGAAUAUUAAUGUGUAUAAUGUUAGGUUGUUAUAUUCCUCGGAAGGUUUUUGAAACAUCUGACAUGGGUUGCACCACCUCAGAGACAGUUGGCUUAAAAGUAACAUCCUUAAUGGGUUGAAAUUGUCAGAAACCACAAACCCUUCUUUUGCUCAACUCCAAUCACUUUUCCACCCCAAAAUUGCUCAACUUCCUCCGUUACAACCUCACAAUUGCAACAACGUUUCGUAUAAAAGAGAAGACACAAAUUUCGCUGGUUCCUCCUUUGUCUGAGGAUCUUGGAGAAGGAAACAACCCCAAAAGAAAAGGAGAAAACACAAAAAGAAAAAAAAAUGUCUUUUACAGGAACUCUCGACAAAUGCAACGCUUGCGAAAAGACAGUCUAUGUGGUGGAUAUGUUGUCCAUUGAAGGAAUGCCUUACCACAAGUCUUGCUUCAGAUGCACCCAUUGUAAUGGAACCCUUGUGAUGAGCAACUAUUCCUCCAUGGACGGAGUCUUGUACUGCAAGACUCAUUUUGAGCAACUCUUCAAGGAAUCUGGCAAUUUCAGCAAAAACUUUCAACCAGGGAAAACUGAGAAGCCAGAGCUGACUAAGACUCCCAGCAAGAUCUCUUCCAUCUUCUGUGGAACACAAGACAAGUGUGCUGCUUGUGAGAAAACUGUUUACCCUCUCGAAAAGGUGCAAAUGGAAGGAGAAUGCUUCCACAAGACAUGUUUCCGGUGCGCUCACGGUGGCUGCACCCUGACUCACUCCUCCUACGCCUCCUUAGACGGCGUCCUCUAUUGCCGGCAUCACUUUAACCAACUCUUCCUCGAGAAAGGCAACUACGCUCACGUCCUCCAAGCCGCCAACCACCGUCGCACCGCCUCAGGCAACACUCUUCCGCCGGAGCCAACCGAAGACAUCGCCGUUGAGCCCAAGGAGGAAAAUGGCGAAUCACAGUCUUGAAAAGUCUCUUGGGUGAGUUUGUGAGUGAUUGAAUUGAAUGUUGUGGCACCGAAAUAUUUGAUCUUAUUUGUAAUGAGUUGUUUUUCCAUAUGAAGACACUAUAUUUUUUCGUUUUUUUUUUUUAAUCUGUUCGUUAUACAUUAUUUUUUGAAUAUUUACACACGAAGACAACACAAGAUUGAUUUUCCAUUGUGUGAUUACGACAUGCUUGCUGGUGGUGAUGGGAGAUUCGCAUAUUGUUGUAAUCUGCAUUUUUAGAACUCGG